AUGGUUGCUGAAAUUGAAUAUGCCAAUUUGGAAGGAAGGUACAAGUAUGUUGGAUUCGAUGUUGACACGACUGGAAGGCGUUUGAUUGACGAGAUUCUGCAGAUUGCUGCAUAUACACCAGAUGAGCAGUUUUCACAGCACAUUAUGCCUUUAAUGAAUUUAAAUCCAGGAGCAAGGCAACGCCAUCAAGUGCGUGUAAUUAAUGUUGGGAAUUUCCGCAUGCUUAAAUGUAUGAAAAGUUAUAAGGUUAUUAAAACAAAAACCGAAAUAGCAACAUUGAUGGACUUAUUGUGCUGGCUUGAGAAAAUUAAUGAUGAGAAAGAUGGAAUCAUUUUGUUAUAUCAUGAACAAUCUAAGCUUGCACCUUACAUGCUUAUUGAGUCAAUGAAAAGAUUUAACCUCUUUGAUAGAUUCAAUAAGAUAGUCAAAGGAUUUGUCAAUGGAUAUGAACUAUGUGGAGACGAUCAGAAAGGAAAAGGAUUAAAAUAUCUGACAUUGGCUCAAAAUUACAAAGUUCAUGCUGAUUGCUUAAAAAUGGAUGUAAAGGAAUCGGAAGAAUUUGAGGGAAAUGCAACAGUUCGUGCAAAGUUGAGUUUUGAAAUAUGUAAGCUGAUGUCUUAUGAAGGCGAGAUUAAGGAACAAGACGAGAAGGAAAUUUAUGAUGCAAUGAACAAGUUUGUAUCGAAUAAAGCUCGCCCAAUUGAUCGUGAAUUAGAUGAAUUGGUUGAAAUGGAAGAGAGCAUCACUCGUCAAACAGAUAUGCGAGAUAUUUUCCUAACAUAUUUUUCAACAUCUCGUUUUCAUCGUCGUCGCGCAUUAGACUUUCGACGUGCAUUGGCAGAUCAAAAACAUGACUCAAAAACACUGCAAGCAAUUUGGGAUAGUGAAAAACGUGAGGGUAUUGAAAAAUUAGUAAAAGGCUUGGAAUCAAUCAAGGAAGAAGAUCAUGAAGAAUUGAUUAAUAUUUUGGAACAUCAUUAUGAUCCAGAGCAGAAACCAUUUAAACCUGUUGUUCGACGGGAAAACAAUGGAUCUGGAAGAGGUGGACAAAAUAUUCGUCGUCGUGGUUCUCAACGAAUGAAUAAUAAGGAAAAUCGAGGAUCCCGUCCAAACUCAGGUCGACGUCGUUCGCGAACCAACAGCAGACGUCGAAUGUCUGGAGGUUCCAAUAUGAACCCAAAGACAGGAAAUGUUCAGAAAGAUCAAGAAAUGAUUAAUGACUGUGGAGAUUUCCUUCAUAGCGAUUAA